GCCCAGUAACCCUGGUUUCCAGUUCCCUGAGUGUCUAAUGGCCAACUGUCAGUACACUCAGCUGCAGGAGUACGUGCGUCUGAUUGGUCCGUGGUGUCAGGUGAACAUCGGCUCCUGUCGCUUCAUGCUGGGCCAGUGUUACCUGGCCAACGGAGAGGGCCAGAAGGCUCUGCAGUGUUUCCAGGAGGCGGCAACGGAGGUCGAGAAGGAGGAGUUUCUGAUGAGACUGACGGGCAGCGAGGAGGAGGAGGCUGCAUCCACCCCACGACUACAGUACUACAAUAAGGUGCUGCGGUUGCUGGAGGAUGUGGGUCUCCCUGAGCUGGUCAUCCAGUUGGCCUCUCUGGCCAUCACAGAGGCCGUCACUGACGUCAACAGUCAGGCGGCUUUGUGGACCCGAAUAUUCAAACACCACCUGGAUCUGGGACACAACAGUGAAGCUUAUGAAGCGCUCACACAGAACCCAGACGGCAGCAUGCAGCUGGACUGUCUCCGUCAGUUGGUGGUUGUCCUGUGUGAACGUUCUCAGCUCCAGGAUUUAGUCCAGUUCUCGUAUGUCAACCUGCAUGAUGAGGUCGUCAGCAUCAUUGAGUCCAGAGCUCGAGGUUUGGACCUGCUGGCUCAUAAUUACUACGAGCUGCUGUAUGCCUUCCACAUCAACAGACACAACUACAGGAAAGCGGGGACCGUGAUGUUUGAGUUCGGGAUGCGUCUGGGUCGGGAGGUUCGGACUCGCGCGGGCCUUCAGAAGCAGGUGAAUUGUUACCUGGCUGCUCUCAACUGUCUGCGCCUCAUCAGACCUGAGUAUGCAUGGAUUGUCCAGCCCGCCUCCGGAGCCACGUACGAGCGUCCCGGAGCGUCUCCGAAGAGAAACUCUGAUGGAGAGUUUUCCUCUGAACCAGUGAGACGUCAGGUGGACAUCCUGGAGCUCAAGGACCUGGAAAAGGAGUACAUCUUGUCCCGCAGCCGCCUCACACUCGCUCAGCACCACCCGCCAUCCGCCGCCAUCGCCGGUACGCCUGCGUCACAGUUACUCUCCGAGUGCUAUCACUGCUGUAACAAGUGUUUAACCCUCAUAACCCUGACCACGAGGCUGAGGAGACACGGAGACGAGUGAGGACGUCCCUCACAGUGCAGAAAUAAGAUAUCUAGGAAACGUCAUAAAUGAAGUUAGCGGGAAAAUAAAAAUAA